GCAUGCCCUGGAUAGCUGUCCCAGGCAAGGGGGUGACAGGGCACUACCAGACAGGAUCACCAGAGCAUUGCUCUGGAACCAGGAGGGUCGCAGGUAUCAAGUGGAGCCAACAUACUUGGAUGCCCCCACCUAUGCAAAGUCUCUCCUGCAUCCAGGAAAGAUAUUCUAGACUGAAUUCACACACUCACUUUUCAUAGACUGGAUGAAAAACAGUUCCUAAUACUUUCUGGCUCCUUGGGCAGGGAAGAAAUCUACAUCUAUAAAUGCAAGAUGCUGGGAAGGAAGGAGGAAAAGAAGAAUGGCAAAUAUCUGAACUGUGAUUUUUGUUAUCUCUGCAAAGACUUUUUUAUUAUUAUAUUAUUCCUUUAAAGAAUAUAAUAAUUUCCAUAAAAGCAGGCAGCAGAACACUGCCUGUCGAAUUUUGUCCCAGUUGCUUUGUGCAACAAUACUGAAGAAAGGGAAGUGUAAGGCGUUAUUGAACUCCCCCAGCACACCCACUCCUAACCCUGUUCUGGGGUACAGUCCCCCCAUUCUGCUCCCCUGACAAACCUUCCCGAUUAGUUUCUGUCUUCACACCCAGGCUGACUUCUGCACCCUGAUCUCCAAACAGUGACCUCAUUGCCUUGUUCAGCUGGUGAGAAACUACAGUAAAAUGGGAGAGGUAAACAAAGGCAGGGGGAACUAAUGGCCAGAAGAUUUAGGAGGUAGGAAUCUGCUCCUUGCCAUCCUGCUUCCAUUGUGCGCCUGGGCUUGAGAAAGUGCAAGCUGAGCCUCAAUGAGCUCUUUUCUUGCCCUGGUUCCUCUGGAAACUCAGCCCAGCCCUCCAGAUGGUGACUCAGGACAGCCAGCCCGCAAGUUACAUGCCCGCUAGUACUUAGAUCCAUGCUCCCAUCAGCAGUACAAAUCCCAUAGAGUUAGUGCUGGAAUUCACACACCUUCUGCAGCAAGAGCUCUUCAUUCCCAGGCCAACCAGCUCACUGAGAUAAAAGUAUUAAAAAUGAAAGCCUUUAUUGUCAUGGAGCUGAAUUUGUGUCAGCUCUGUGCAGUCAGCAAUGUGCCAACCAUUGUAGUGGUUGCUCAUGCUGAUUAGAGAAAUAGCAUUAACAGCGUUCUCACUAGAAAGAGCAUGUUCAAUAUCAUUAUACAAUCCAGCCCUCAAUAUCCUCCUUUGGGAUAUGUUUCGAAGUAUCACCCUGUUCCUGACCCUCACAGAUACCUCCAGGUCCUGGCCAGCAGCAGCUCAACUCACAUUCGUCUUUCCAGACACUCAGUAAACAGCUUUGUGUCUUUUCUCUUUAAAGGAAGGGGUCUUGCUGAGCUCACCCUGAAAUAUAUCACCCUGGACAAAAGGGCUGAAAGGUUAAGGAGCUCCAGGGGGUGCUUCAGCAGAGAGCUGGGGGCCAGGCGCCUGCCAGAACCAAAGCUAUAAAGGCAAAGAGGGGCAAGGGACUGCAUCUGACACAGAUGCUGCAGGUCCUGCCUCACCUCCCACAAGCCUUGCGAUAAGGAGAAGAUGCUGGGGCUCCACUCGUGGCCUUGCUCGCUUUUACUCCUCUUAGUUCUGCUCUCUGCCAGCGUUCAGACUGUGUCCUUAUCAGCACAGAGGCUACAGAUGCUCCUUUCCCAGUUGCUGCCCGUGGAGCCUGAAUCCACACUGCCUGAAGAGGACACGAAGGAGGGGUCCGGUUUGGGCCCUCAGUUGCUCUCCUCCACGCUCCCCUUCCUCCCAUCUGGGGCUAGAGCUGCCCGGCCCUCUCUCUGGCGCAAGACCCUCGCCAGUCGCAAGUGGGCACUGCCUCGGGACUGGGCCUGGAAGGCCGUGCCCAGGGGUUGCUUUGGGUUGAAACUGGACCGCAUUGGAACCUUCAGUGGUUUGGGGUGUUAGCCUUAGAGGGGGCUCUGAGCCCGAGGAGACCCAGGCGCCCACAGGCAGCGCCGUCAUGGGAACCAGCGCAGCCCUGUAACAUCUGCCCUGAAGGAGAGCGGCAGCGGCAUGAGGAGAAGCUGCCCGGUCCCACGGCUGCUUCCUCCCUCCUCUCUGUGCUCGAGGACUCCCGCUCAUUAAACAGAGCUGUAUCAAUCUCUG